UUCACUAAAAUAAAUUUUAUUUGCAUUUAAGGUUUUCGUAGUAGAACAAUUGGGAAGUGUAAUGCAAGUGGCCCUCAGCUUUAAUGGUAUGGUUGGUGGAAUUACAUUAGGGCUGUUUUCUUUGGGAAUGUUCUUUCCUUUCGCCAAUUCAAAGGGUGCUUUAGUGGGUUCUAUAACUGCUAUUGCAAUGGUUUCAUGGAUGGCUUUAGGACAGCAAGUGGCAGUUGCAAAUGGCGAUUAUAAACUACUGAAAAAGCCAACAUCAACUGAAGAUUGUCUUUGCAUGAACGAUACUGGCAUAGAAAAUAUUAAUAACAAUGUGGCUGAUGAAGGCAAUGACAUUUUAUUCUUAUAUCGGAUUUCGUAUUUAUGGUAUUCGGCAGUAGGAUUUUUUCUAACAAUAAUCAUAGGUUUGAUAGUAUCAUUCCAAACCGGUCCCCAAAACCCGGCAGAUGUCGAUGACGAACUUUUAUCUCCUCCUGCUAAGAGUACUUACGAAAAUUUACCAGUAUUUUUAAAAGAAUGGCUGAAAAUUCCCUUAAAAACUAAACCACAAAACUGUAAUAAUAUUCCACUUAAGGGCAUGGUUAAUGUAACAGUAGAUUUAAGCGAUGAAAAUGUUAAAAAGUAAUUUUUUCUCUUGAUUCGUUUUUAAUUAUUAUUUACCAGACUGAUGUAAGCUUAUUAUCGUGUACUGAGUGUUUAAAAAAUAUUGACAAAGGGGUUAUUUCUGGUAAAAAUGGUAACAUUUUACAAUUUUGUAUUAUCCAUCAAUUCUUUUUGUUACUUUCUCCACUUUGUUACAAAAAAUUUUUCUCGAUAUAAAAAAUUAUAUCCACUCCGUUUAGAAAUUGUAAUGUUUAUAUAUAUAUUACGCUAUUAAUAUAAAACGUAGUGAACUCCUAAUUUCCUAAUACAACAUUAGUUAAUAAAAUUUUUAUAAUCUAUGCAUGUAUAUAUAUUAGUUUGUUUUUUAUUUUUUGUUACGAUGUAAUACAAGCAAGUACCUAAUUAACAUUUAAAAAGUACAAUAUUGUACAUAAUUAUAAGAAUGCAAAUUAAGUCUAAUUAUAUUUUAAGUACUGAAUUAUUAGUAUUAUAAAAUAAGUACCUACAUAUAUGACCUCAAGUAUUAUUUACAUCAAACUUUUAAAAAUAAAAAGCCGGUGAGUUUCAAGAACAAUUUUUUAUCGGUAAUCAAAUUAUUUGUAUAUUAUUUGCUCAAAAAUAGGUAGGUAAAAUAUUUUUUUUUAUUAGCUGCUAUGGUUUUUUUAUUAACAGGAAAGUAGUGAUCAACAUUAUAUAGAAAAUGUAUUUUCCGUACCAUUCGUUUCUAUAUAAUAAUGCAGUAAU